GAGACGGUCGUUAUGAUUGGUCGGCUGCGCUGUCGGUCAGCGAGGGUGGUCGCGGCGAGGGUGGAGCGAGAGAGCGAGGAAUGGUCCGCUUCAAGUCCAGGUACCUUCUGUGCGAGAUAGUGUUUGAGAAACCACAAUAUCGGCAGCAUAUCGAUGUCGGAAGCGUCAAUCGAAAUGUCAGGAAUGCAAUCAGUCAAAUGCAUGGUGACUUUGGGAUCGGCUGUUGCUCUUUACGUUUAGAAGUCACAUACCUAAAUGCCUACACGGGGAUCGUCUUAAUAAGGUGCCAAAAAGACUUCUACAGGAUUCUAUCGACAACGCUGCUGUUCAUCACCUUCCUUGAAACCAAGAACCAAAAGUUCCCAUGCUUUUUCAACACUUUACACGUGGCAGGUACAAUUCGAAGCUGCCAGAAGUUCCUGAUCCAGUAUAACCGCAGGCAAUUGGUACUGCUGCUGAGGGACUGCAAAACCAAAAAGGAGAGAGAAUCUGUUCAAAUGUCUCUUCUGCAGUGCUCACUAAAAGUAUGGAAUGAAGAUCAAUCGUAUCAUGGAUAUGAAGAGAUGGAAGGAGCAGACACUGAUUAAAUGGGUUUUGAAAUCCUAUCACUGGGUAAAAAUGAAGAACUGCAUUGAGGGAAUGCUUGCGUGCAGAUCCCCUGCAUGAUCAAGGUGUACGGCUAUGUUGCCAGCCGAACCAAUGAAGUUGCACACUGAUGUUUUAUGAAUGGUUUGAAAAGCAGCUUCCCAACUUUGCUAUCAUGCCAUCUCAUGAAUUAGUCAAUGUAAGUGCUAAAUGCUGCAUUAGCUAAACGGGACAAACAAUUCUUCAGCAAUAUUUUUGCAAUGUAAAUUGACGUCAAUAAACAGUAUUACAUACAUGUUCAUGCUUGCCUUUUGUUGCCAUUUGUCACAAACUGAACCAUCCUACCAACAGUCCUGAGCUACUGUCUACCUCAUUGGAGACCCUUGGACUAUCUGUGAUCGGACUUUACCUUGUACUAAACGUUAUUCACGUUAUUCCCUUUACAUUGUAUUUGUACACAUCCAUGUCUUGAUUGUAAUCAGGUAUUGUCUUUCUACUGACUGGUCAGCAAGCAACAAAAGCUUUUCACUGUACCUCGGUACGCGUGACAAACUAAACUCAGUUCAAAUACUUAGCCUUAUCCAAGAACAUGUAAAGCUAGCUUUGACUUUCUAUUGCUGAUGGAAGAACACAGGAGUGUAAUGAUUUCUUAAUCUUUCCUGCAAUGGAAAAGUUACUGUCGAAUGGCAGAGUAAUUAGCUGCUGAGGCCACAGCAUGAAACCUACACAUUGUAGGAUUUUGUGGUGAGUUUGCCAUCUCUGAUUAUUUUUAAAUGGAUAUAAAUGACUGCUGAUAUUAUACUGCCUUCUCAUGAACUUGCUAAUGCUGGAGUUUUCACUGUAAGGAUAUAAAUUGUGAAAUUGAAGAGCUGUUGCUAAUUUUUCUGAUAGUCCACUUAGUAUACUGGACUAGUAUACUAGUUUACUGAUAGUCCACUUGGUAUACUGGACUAACAUGGAGAAUGUGUACACUCAUGUCCUUUCUCUUUAAUGCUCUUCGUCAUAACUGAACUCAAACUGAUUUUCUGUUAUGAAUUUGUAGAUUAUUCAUCUUAAUCUUUAAGACAUUGCUACACCUCUUAAACAUAUUACAAGUGUAAAUAUCAAUUUAGUUUACAAAUGAUAGUGAUGUAAUUCCAAAAUAAAACUUAUUAAAUAAAAAUGGAAGUGCCAAAUUCAGCCAAUUAGUACAUAUAAAUUACUUUGUCUCCACUGCUCAUAAACUAUAAAUGUUGUAUUUCUUGUUAAAUUUACCCCAUAUUUUCUCUUCCACAACGGUUUCCUGUCUGGCCUUUUUGACAAUUGUCCCGCUUUGCACCUAUCUCAAUCCAUUGGCCAGGACAGUAAUCUUUCACCACUCAAUUGUCCAAAUUGAAUGCUCUCAUACCAGUUUCCUGUCUUU